AUGAAAAGGUUAGCAGCUCGCAAUUUCGAAGAUAUCUUACAGUAUGCUAUUUCAGUCUUUGAAUGCCUGUUUCCCCCUGGCCACAAUGCGGCUGUGCAAUCCCUCCUAUAUCAAUUUGCACAAUGGUAUGCUCUUGCAAAGCUCAGGAUCCACACCAACUUGACACUACUUUUUUUUGAAGAAACAUUCAAGAAACUCUCCAGGAAAUGGCGGAAGUUUCAAGACUACACUUGCACUGCUUUCAAGACUGUUGAGCUACCAAAGGAGGCAUCAGCUCGCCAAAGACGGUCUACCCAGUGCUCUGAAACCAACACCAGCUCUAUGGAAUUCACUGGGGCAAGAGUAAAGAAGUUGAAUUUGAACAUAUAUAAGUGUCACGCCAUGGGCAAUUAUAUGAGAACUAUCAGGAUAUUUGGUGAAGGUGAAUCAACUCAGCUCUAG